GAACGGUUUCCUCGAAGUGUUGCUGUGCAAAAUCUAGCUACAAGCUUAACAGGAGAUCUGUCAGCCGAAAUAACGAGUCAGUGUCUCGGAGACACAGGACCUUCGCUGUCAUCGCUAGGCAACGAUCUGCUAAGAUGACGGAGCUACGGCACCGUGGAGCCAAAGACACCGAGCCGACGUUACAGCAGCAGCCGUCAGAGGACAAGGGUUCAGACAGCGAGCUGAAGGUUGAAAAAGAUGGGGCGUCAGAUGGCGAAUCCAAGGUGGACUCAGGGGUCCCAGAGGUGCCAGUCCCUGCUGAUGACACACCUGAGGUGCUAAACAAGGCCCUGUCUGGACUCUCCUCAAGAUGGAAGAACUGGUGGGUCCGAGGCAUUCUCACACUAGCCAUGAUCUCCUUCUUCUUCUUGAUCAUCUACAUGGGCCCCAUGGUGCUUAUGAUGAUUGUCCUCUGUGUUCAGAUCAAGUGCUUCCAGGAAAUCAUCACUAUUGGAUACAGUGUGUACCACUCCUACCACCUGCCCUGGUUCAGGACCUUGAGCUGGUACUUCCUGCUGUGCGUUAACUACUUCUUCUAUGGUGAGACCGUGACAGACUACUUCUUUACACUGGUGCAGAGGGAGGAGCCGCUUCGCAUCCUCAGCAAAUACCACCGAUUUAUCUCCUUCGCCCUCUACCUCACAGGUUUCUGUAUGUUUGUGCUGAGUUUGGUGAAGAAGCACUACCGCCUUCAGUUCUACAUGUUUGGUUGGACCCAUGUGACUCUGCUGAUUGUGGUGACUCAGUCUCACCUUAUCAUCCACAACCUGUUCGAGGGGAUGAUCUGGUUCAUUGUGCCAAUUUCCUGUGUGAUCUGUAAUGACAUUAUGGCUUACAUGUUUGGUUUCUUCUUCGGCCGCACCCCCCUUAUCAAGCUGUCCCCUAAGAAGACAUGGGAGGGAUUCAUCGGUGGAUUGUUUGCCACCAUUGUCUUUGGCAUCAUGCUCUCCUACGUGAUGGCAGGCUACCGCUACUUUGUGUGCCCGGUGGAGUUCAACAACGACUCCAAUAGUUUCCAGGUGGACUGUGAGCCAUCGGAUCUUUUCCAACUCCAGGACUACGCCCUGCCCAGCAUCCUGGAGUCUGUCACUGGAUGGACCACAGUGCGUCUGUAUCCGUUCCAGAUCCACAGCAUCGCGCUCUCCUCCUUUGCCUCCAUCAUGGGACCUUUCGGUGGCUUCUUUGCCAGCGGCUUCAAAAGAGCCUUCAAGAUCAAGGAUUUUGCCAACACUAUCCCGGGUCACGGUGGCAUCAUGGACAGAUUCGACUGCCAGUACCUCAUGGCCACAUUUGUUAAUGUCUACAUUGCUAGCUUCAUCAGGGGCCCCAACCCCAGCAAGGUGAUCCAGCAGCUCCUGGCCCUCCGUGCAGACCAGCAGCUCUACAUCUUCAACUCCCUGAAGGCUCACCUGACAGAGAAGGGCCUGCUGCCAGCGCUGGAGGAGGCCGCUGCCUAGAGCCACCCGCACCAACACCGGCUCGCCCUGAGAGGGAGAGGAGGGCAGCACCCGAGGGCCCCAUGCAGCCCCGCAGCUCUGGGAGACUCGCAGUGCUUUGUGUGAGCGAAAAAAACACAUCAGAGAAAAAACCCACAAAGAAAACUACAAAAAACUCCAGCCUUGGGCCAUUCCAUUUCAUUUGGGUAUGAGAGUGUGUUUGUGUUCAUACUGUCUGUGAAUCAUGUUCCAGUGUUUUCAGGUUGGGUUAGUGAAUUACUGUACUGUUACACAUUUCCAUUAUAUCUAAUCACACUGUUGAACAAAAUGUUGGUACAGGCUUUCCUCUAUAUACCUAUUACUGUGUGUUAAUAUUUUAUUGUACAUUUUUAUUUUCAGUUUUAAUGCACUGCUCUCAACCCUCACUGUAUUGUUACCCCAGCUGCACCCACUCCCCAAAUUUAGGUUUAAAAUUUCUUUGUUGUGACUGUUUCUAUUUAUACAUAGAUGGUUUUUAUAUUUGGUAUGUUCUAUUAUAUCUUAAUGUUGUGUCUGUUUUAUUUCAACUGAAUUCACCUCUGCCAUGUGCAUUUAUACAUGUGUGUCUUUUUGCUGCCAUUCAUUCAUCAUUUCGAGACAUUGCUCUCUUGCUCAGCCAAAUCAUGGACAUCAUAAUUUCAUAUCAUACAGUUAUGUCCUAAGAUGAAUAGCAAAGUUACCCUGAAGUGUUUGACGGCAUCAGAGCAUCUUACAAAUGUAGAAUCCAGUCUGUGAGUUGGUAAUUCCCACACUUUUGGUUAUUGGUUUUUGUGCUGUAAGCUGCAGUUAGCAAUGCUCCAUACAAGUAGUGUUUUAUUUUGAAGGCCAGUGCAACAGACACCAGUACCCUGUUUGCAUAAAGGUCAAAAGAAAAAGCAGAAAGGCCCUUAGAGAUAAAACACAAUUAUGUUUUGGUUUCAUUAACUUCUGUGACAUUGUGUUCGGUGUUGAUACUUUUUAUCUCCUUAAGAAAGAGCUGUUAAAGGAUUUUCACAUGCUCAGUAAGGUGGUGGGAUUGUUGUAUUAUGGCUUCUGUUUGACAUUGAUGGGCACAAUACCUGUUAGCUAGGUUCUGGUAUCGUCAACAUGUUCACAGCUUUAGAGUAGAAAGCCACAAUAUACAGUUCAUCUAUCACUGGUUGACCUGCACUGUAUGUGUGACAGCAGGAUCUCAUGCCAGUACAGCUGCUGUGUAUAUACACAGCACUGAAGAGGUUUUACAGUAAGGUCCUGUCAUAUUUCUACCACUGGCAAAUGUUCGCUUUAUUUGGUGGAAAUGUAUAAAAAGCUGAAGCUUC